UGGAAUGCUACGAAAAAAAGCCAAAAACUUGUAGUUCGAAUUGAAUAAUUUUCCUGCCUUGGGAGCAACACAACGAGACAAAAGAAUUCCAUUUUGAUGACGUUCCGGCGCAGGUUUCAAAUCUUAUUUUGAGAAGGAAUUUAACAAAUAUUCGGGCUCGCUAGAAUUAUACAAAACUAAAGAUUAUGUGGAGCAACACUCUGGCAUCAGGAUGUCCUUCCGACACCGAUUUGGGGUUUUCUCCGUUCGCCGCAACAGCACAAGGCGGUGGUCCAGGAGCUAUCACGGGAAUGCCCUAUCUAAAAACAGCGCCUUACAUAAUGACCGUGGAUUCACUACAUUCAAUGGGAUAUCCGACAGCAGGUAAUCCGCGAAAACAGAGGCGUGAAAGGACCACAUUCACACGAGCCCAAUUGGAUGUUUUGGAAUCACUAUUUGGUAAAACACGAUAUCCCGAUAUAUUUAUGAGAGAGGAGGUCGCUUUGAAAAUAAACUUGCCCGAAUCGAGGGUACAGGUCUGGUUUAAAAAUCGUCGAGCAAAAGCACGUCAAAUCCAAAAGCAACAUCAGCAACAGCAGCAGCACCCACCGUCUGCAUCAUCCAAUACCAACAAUAACGCAAAUAGUGGCAAUUCUCGCACCGCAAACCAACAAUCCAGCAAUAGCACGUCCGCAAGCAGUGGCGAGACAAUUUCAGCGAAUUCCCAAGUAGGCAAAUUGCGGGCAAUAUCGACGACGAAACUCAAAGGAAUUAGCACCAAUAAAUCCAUAACGCCAAUUUUGCACGCCAAUAACAACAAUAGUCACUCAACCGAUUCAUCCACGGCAACAUCCAAUUCAAUUCUGCGGGACUCUCCGAGCAUUUUCAAGUCUACACAGAAUCAUUUCUUCAUAGGCUCAAACACCGCGUCUCCAGGUAUUCCUGGAUCAUACUCUAGCAACAAUUCAAUAUGGUCUCCAGCGGCAAUAGAAAAUUCAUCGGCCCUAGGAGCGUCUUCAUCUCCUCUUGACACAAGGACAACGGCGUGGAGUCAAGCAGCUGCCGCAGCAGCAGCGGUAUCAUCCCAGACCAACUGUUAUCAGAAUUAUCCUGGCUACUAUUCCAACAUGGACUACAUAGGAUCGGCCGUGCAGCAACAACUGGAUAACGCAAUCGAGACCGGGUGGAUGAAGUCCCGGGAAGAAAACUGGUUUUACAAUAGCGCAUCAACUAAUUGGGACUCACAUAAAUCGAAUAAAUAAUUUGGAAAUUUGGGAAAUUAACUGGAAAACGUGCAUAUUGGUUGGCAUAUCGGCUAUGAACAAAUCAUAUCAUCUGAAGUGAAAGUUGUUGUAGCAGCAGAUUAUCGUUCAAAUUGUGUUCGGGAUCUAAUGUCAAAAUCUUAAUUUUAAUGAGCAUAUCAACGAAAGAAUGUUUUAGAAUUAAACGGAGGAUAUUAUUGUAAAUUUUUUCUUAGGGAAAUAUGGUAAGAAAAUUAAAUCAAAAUGUAUAUUUAACUAGAAUAUUGUUUAUA